AUGAGCCGGGGGAGGUGGCUCCGCGGCGCGCAGGGGCCGCCGCCGGCUAUAAAAGCCUCCGGGCCCGGGGCGGACAGGGCUAGGCGAGCGGCCGUGGACCGGCGGAGGAUGGAGGGCGGAGGGAUGGGGUGCGGAUGUCCCCGCCCGCCCUCGGCGGAGCUACCGCCCCCCCCGCAGGGGUACUCGCCCUUCUCCUCCCGGUGCGGGGCGCGGCCCGGCCCCGCCGUAACGGUCCUGCCCUUGCCCCGCAGGUCUGCGCCCUUCUGGAGGCCCUGGGUGCCCGCGCCGGGCGAGGCGGGCCGGCGGAGCGGCAGCGGCCCCGCCGCGCCUCACAGCCCCUGCGGGCUCGCGGAAGCCUCCCGAAAGCUGGCUCAGUACACGCACCCCGUCAGACUAUUUUGGCCCAAAUCAAGGUGCUAUGAUUACUUAUAUCAGGAAGCUGAAGCACUUCUGAAAAACUUUCCAGUUCAAGCUACGAUUUCCUUUUAUGAAGACUCUGACAGUGAAGAUGAUGAAGAUGAACUGGAACAAGAUUCAAGAACAGAAUCAGAUUGCUGAUUGCAGGAAAGGCCAACACAACUUCUAAGACUUAAU